GUUGUGAUUCGCUACUAAAUAGAAGAAGAAGACGUCGAUGUAGAUAGACAACGAAGAAGAAGGCGAUCUGUAGUCCUCAAUGCUACACAGUAAAUCAUAACAUACAAUGGAUUCAAACAAGUAGGAAAAACCUCUGGUGUAAAAACACCUUUAACUGCUGUAAAGAUGGAGUUAAUUAAAGAGGAGUGUGAAGAUACAUGUGAUCCAGCCCCAUACAGAGUGAAAAAUGAAGAUACCGAGGAACAAAGAGACUUGACGGUGAAUGAGGAAAGUCAAGAACUGAAUGACAUGGUGGAGAAACAUCAGUAUCGGGAACCUCAUCAUUUCAAAUCUGGAGAAAAAUCUUUUGGCUUCUCUGAAAAAAGAGUUCCUAGUACAGGGGUCAAAAUGCCUUUCACAUGCCCUCAGUGUGGAAAGAGUUUCAAACAAAUAGGAACACUUAAUGUUCACAUAAAAUUUCACACUGGAGUGAGACCUUUUACUUGUCUUCAGUGUGGAAAGAGUUUCACACAACAAGGAGAACUGAAGCGUCACUUAAAAAUUCACACUGGAGAAAAGCCUUUCACAUGCCCUCAGUGUGGAAAAGGUUUCAGACAACAAGACGAUCUUAAGCAGCACAUACGAAUUCACACUGGAGAGAGGCCUUUCACAUGCCAUCAGUGUGGAAAGAGUUUUAUUCAUCAAGGACAACUGAAGCGUCACAUAAGAAUUCACACUGGAGAGAAGCCUUUCAAAUGCCCUCAGUGUGGAAAGAGUUUCACUCAACAAGGACAACUGAAGUGUCACAUAAAAAUUCACACUGGAGAGAAGCCUUUCACAUGCCCUCAGUGUGGAAAGAGUUUCGUUCAACAAGGACAACUGAAGCGUCACAUAACAACUCACACUGGAGAGAAGCCUUUCACAUGCCCUCAGUGUGGAAAGAGUUUCACACUACAAGGAGAACUGAAACGUCACAUAACAACUCACACUGGAGAGAAGCCUUUCACAUGCCCUCAGUGUGGAAAGAGUUUCACACAACAAAGUGCUCUAAAGGAUCACAUAAGAAUUCACACUGGAGAGAAGCCUUUUAAGUGCCAUCAGUGUGGAAAGAGCUUCACACAUCGAAGUGUUCUUAAGCAUCACAUAAGAAUUCACACUGGAGAGAAGCCUUUCACAUGCCCUCAGUGUGGAAAGAGUUUUGCACAACAAGUACAACUGAAGCGGCACAUAAGAAUUCACACAGCAGAUUAGCCUUUUACAUGCCCUCAGUGUGGACAGAGUUCCAUCCAACAAGGACAACUGAAGUGUCCCAGAAAAGAUUCACACCGCAGAGAAGCCUUUCACAUGUCAUCAGUGUGGAAAACAUUUCUGACAUAUUUUUCCACUAUGAAUUAUUGGGUGCUGCUACAAGAGUUUUUGGUUCUACAUGUCAAGAGUGCAUAGUAGAAAGAAGCCCUUCAUGUUGAAAUCGUUUCAAUGCAAAAAUAUAUCUAAAAGUCUAUAUGAAAAAGUGUUGUCCAAAGGAAGUGGCCGCAAUGAGCAAAGUUAAAGGGAUAGUGCACCCAAAAAUGAAAAUUCUCUCUUAAUUUACUCACCCACAUGCCAUCCCAGAUGUAUAUGACUUCCUUUCUUCAGCAGAACACAUUUGAAGAAAAAUUGAAAAAUAUCUCAGCUCAGUAGGUCCUUAUAAUGGAUGUGGAUGCUAACACGAUUUUUGAUGCUCCAAAAAGUACAGAUAAUCAGCAUUAACGUCAUUCAUAGGACUCCAGUGGUUAAAUACAUUUUUUAUAAAGCAAUACAAUCACUUUUGGUGUGAAAAAGUUACAUAUUUAAGUACUUUUUAACUAUAAAUAAUCGCUUCCGUUAAGCAGCGGUAUGCACAUUCACUAGAGCGCUGAGGUCACAUGGUCUCUCGUGUGAUGUAUUGCUGUUGGCGUGUUCACACGAGACCCGGAAGAGCCUUGCUGUUUACAACUGAGGAAGAAGAACGCUGUACAGACCAAACAUGUCAACAAACUGAAGCAAAUUUAAACAAAGAUGUAAGAAGAUUUUGAUUUAAGAAGAGAAGAGGAGAUAUAAGUUUUUGCACAGCUAUAUUUAUUUGAAUCUAAGUACUCUGACCAGGAGAAAAGGGAGAUGGAUGAGGCUGGACCAACAAGCCUCAGAGAGACAGAGCUCAGAAGACGUGGUGGUGCACAUGUAGGCAAUGCCAAAAGAGGUAGAGAGCAUCUGCUGCAAUGAAUGGAAUGUCGCCAUGCCUUCGCUAGAAAGACUUUGGGACCUCAGGCCUCUCGUGAACUUACAUAAUGCUGCUUACUGGACGCAAUGAUUUAUAGUUAAAAAGUACUUAAAUAUAGAUUUUCUUUGCAACAAAGUGAUCAUAUCUUAGAUCAAGACUUAACCACUGUCAUAUGGUCAUAUGGAUGACAUUAAUGCUGAUUGUCUGUGCUUUUUGGAGCAAUAGUCAUAAACAUCUGGGAUAGCAUGAGGGUGAGUUAAUGAUGAGGGAAUUUUCAUUUUUGGGGUAACUAUCCCUUUAAUCAUCUGGCUUCAGGACUAAAUGUAUAGCUUGCAAUUCAGAUAAUAAUAAGAAUCAACAUAUAUCUUGUUACAUGUGCUGUGUGUUUGCAAAUAUUUUAUACAGUUUAUGUGUGUUUCCAAGUAAUAGGUUUAGGUAGCUUUUCUAGGUAGCUGACAUACAGUGGUACAGAAAGUCAUCACCCCCUUUUAAAAUAUUACCUUUUGUUGCCUUACAGCCUAAAAUAAAAACAUA